ACGCGCGCGGCGGGAUGGCUUCGCACGCCGCGCUUCGCGCGUCGUUCGUCGGCGUCGCGUCCGCGUCGUCGGCGUCGCGGAGAGAUCCUCGAACGCCGACGCUUCGGCGGCGCCGCUCGUCGCCGCCGCCGCCGACGACGACGACGACGACGCGCGCGUCCUCGUCGGACGCGUCGUCGUCGCCGUCGCAACAUCAGAAGGUCUCGCCGUCGGUCCGGCGCCCGCCUCCGCCGCCCGGGCACGCCGAGAUCGCGAUUCGAUACGCGUACCCGGGCGUGAGGUUCGCGCAGGGGAACGUCGUCGUCGUCUCCGUCCCGAAUCCUCUCGACGACGACGACGACGACGACGACGACGACGACGGCGCCGCGACCGAGAGAGUUAAAUCUAAAUCCUUGGACGUCCCCGCGUCGACGGUGACGACCGCUCUGGCAUCGGACGGCGUGGACGUCGUCCGAUGGCGCCCGCGCGUCGCGCUGUCGCUCCCUCGCGGCGGUCACGGCGGCGGCGGCGAAGACGCCGACGCGGGGUGGCGCCGGCUGCGCGACGACGACGUGAUAUCGUUCGCGCAUUCGACGGGAGAAGACGCGGUCGCUGACGGGUUGCUCGUGCGGCUGGAGGACGAUCUGAUCGCGGCGACGGCGGCGCCGGCGGCGGCGAACCGGUACGCGUUUCGAAGCGACCCGACGCGGUACACCAGACUAGAAGGAUCUAAAGGGAAAGUACUGAGAGGAGGCGAUGAGGGCGAUGAUGAUGAUAAGGUUAGUGGGCAAAUAAAAAACGCUCGAGAGAGCGGCGUUACGCGCCGGGCCGCGUCGGCGCGAGGGUUUUGGAAACUCUCCGACGAAGGCGUCGGACGCGUCGGCGCCGGGAAUAACCCGUACGCCGGCGCGUCCUCCGACGGCACGUCCGUCGAGCCCUCCUCCGACCUCGGCGCCGGGUACUUCGGCAUCGGGAUCGUGAAGCCGAAGCACGACGCGAACGUCGGGACGCUGUGGCGCAGCGCGUGGCAGCUCGGCGCCGCGUUCAUCUUCACCGUGGCCGCGAGGUAUAAACACAAGUACGAAGCCAGCGACACGACGCAGUCGCACAAGCAGCUGCCUCUGCAUAAGCACGACGACUGGGGCGACUUCGCGAAGAGCUCGCCGCACGGCGCGGUGCUCGUCGCGAUCGAGAUGGGCGGGACGCCGCUUCAGGACUUCGCGCACCCGCCGAGAGCGGUGUACGUGUUGGGCUCGGAGGACAACGGGUUGAACCGGCCAAUCGUGGAGGCGUGUCAGUGCCACGUGGCGCUGCCUAAGUGGUUCGGACGGAGCGCAUCGUACAACGUCGCGAUGGCGGGAACGCUGGUGAUGUACGACCGGAUGAUCAAGCAGCUGUGGGCGGGGGACGCGAAGGCGCCGAGCGACGGAGACGUCGCCGACGCAGUCGACGAUGCGGAGCGCGCGGACCUCUUAUUCGCGGCGGCGGAAGCGGCGGAGGCAGAGGAGGCGUAG